ACCAUUAAACUUACAGGUAUUCCAACUAUCUGGCACACAUUACGUAGAAACACACGCUCUGCAUGUUCAUACUAAUUUGAUAAAGUUGUCAGGUUGUGAAAUCAGUUUGUCUCUAUUUUAAUAAAUGUCAUGAUGUCAUUGCUGGUGGUAUAGUUUUAUGUCACAAUGUUCAGGAGGAAUGCUGUGGAGCCUACAGACUCAAAGACAUGUCUGCGAGUCGUCUGAGCAGAUGAGCGUUUAUGCCAAAUUGCUGCCAACACGAUGGGACAAACCGAGUGAGACGACAUGUGGGUGUUCAUGGAGCGAAGUUUAGCCGUGGUUUGGACCUUCCUGCUGGGAGGCGGAUUCAGUCUGGACUUCUCUGUUGCAACAACCAAGACCGUCCCUCAAUCGCUGCGGCUCCUCGGCUGUGUGUUUAUACCUCGAAGUAACGUCACCUGCCACUGGACGCCUGGAGACAAUCAGGCAACGUACUAUACCCUAAAAGCUGAAAAAAUCCCAAGUUCAAAAAGCUCAACAUUCAUCUGCACCACAACCGGGUUGAGCUGCACUGCAGGAAUCAAUGGAUCCGGACUUAGGUUCACGUUUUGCAUCAGUGUCAUAUCGCACGGCAUAAGUGGAAAUAUUUCAUCUAAAACUCGGUGCCAGUCUGCAAGAAUAGAAGGAAAAUUGGCUCCAGCGAGUUUGAACAGCGUCCAACAAGUUGACGGUUCCCCUCACUGCCUGAGUGUGUCCUGGACCAGUAAUGUGACUCAUUUUCCCCUGUCUCCGUCAGAAAUUGAAGCUGGACAGCUGGAUUCUCAAAUGAAGUUUACACCUGAGGGAGAGGUAAAUGCUCAGGUCAGGAGUGUGAGUGUAACCGGAUACACUUUCCAGGUGUGCCUCUUCAAGCCGGACACCUCGUAUACGCUCCAGAUUCGAAACCGUUACCUGGGCGAGGUCAGUCCCUGGAGCGAGUGGAGCAACCCAUUUCAGGGAAGGACAGCAGAGGCUGCCCCGUCUGCAGCACCAGCUCUCUGGAGGGAAGUGGGACUUAUCGGCAGGAACGGAUGGAGGCUCAUUUCUCUGCUUUGGAAGCCGCUGCCUCGCCUCCUGGCCAAUGGCAGAGUUGCCUUCUACAAUGUGACUUGUCGGGCAGAGAAUGAUCUGAAUCUUAGCGAUUAUGGGAGCUGUGGAAAACUGCAGCAUGAAACCACAUCCUGCAGCUUGCCUCUUCCUGCCGGACGUUGCUCCUGUAGUCUGACGGCGUCCACCUCUGCAGGGACAUCGCCUAAAGCCCACAUCUGGAUCUCAGGCUCCUCUGAAAAAGAGCCGCCGCCUCCGGCCGAGCUCACGGCCACGCCGCUGGGUGACGGCACCUUGGUGGUUCGCUGGAGGCCUCCGCUAGAUCUGUCAGUGAGCGGCUUCGUGGUGGAGUGGGUUGCAGUCAGAGAGGAAGCCAGCAGCGUUCUGCACUGGGAAAAGCUGAAUAGUUCCUCUACAAAGCUGAUCAUCACAGAGGGAGUGAAGACAAUGGAACGUUACGCUGUCUCUGUCAAGGCUCUGUAUGGCGAACAAGGAGCGGGAGAAAGUAUAACGCUCCAUGUUUAUACGCAGCAAGGAACGCCCUCAGCUGGUCCUGAUGCGCGGGUGGAGCGCAUUUCUGAAAGCUCAGUGGAGCUCAGCUGGAGUCCCGUACCUGUGGAGCGGCUUCAUGGCUUCAUUCGGAGCUACGCCCUCUUUUGCACCACCAGAAACCAGCUGGAAAAGAGUGUAACUGUGCCCGGCCACGUCCACCGCUACACUCUGGAGAAUAUGUCGCCUGGUAUUUACGACAUAUUCAUUCGCGCCAGCACCGUCGCCGGUACUGGUCCAGCUGGGAACCCGGCUAACGUUCACAUUGGCUCUGAGGAAAUAUCGAUAGUGAUCUGCAUCAUCGUUCCACUGCUGCUGAUUUCACUGGUGCUGAUUCUGAUACUCCUUCUGGCUCAGAGGAGAGUGAUAAAGAAGAAGCUCUGUCAUGGAGUGCCAGAUCCUUCUAACAGCACCGUGUCCCGGUGGAACCCUCAUACCAGCUUCGAGAAUACGAAGCUGAUUAUGAAACAAGAGAAGCCAGAAGUCAGCUUCCCUGAAGUCAUCGGGAGGCGAGAUCUAGAGUGGGCCCACAGCUAUUUACCCAUCUGCAAAAAUCAGCUCUAUUUUGACCCGCAGCCCUCCUCUUUCCUAGCCGGAGCAUCAGAUAGAGGAUAUAUCACGAACGUGACCAGGACCCAGUCUGCCAAUGAUCUUUCCACCAGGCCCUACAGCUAUUCCACUGUCCUGUUCAACCAAUUCAACCAGUACCUGCCGUCCUCUCCUCAGGCCGGUCAGAAUCCCAAUAUCUGCUGUAGUGACAUUAAGCAGGCAGCAGAUGGAAGCAGUGAGUCAUCGGUCUUCCCGUUUACCGAGUUGGAAGGACAGAAAGCCUUUGCUUUUUCUCUGGAGCGCUUUAAAAGCCUUCAUUCCUCAUCGGACUUCAGCAGUACUCCUCCUUCCUGCAUCUCACUUCCUCGUCAGACUGAUUCACCGAGGUUAAACUCGGCUUACAGAAAACUUCCGUCGGACAGCUUUGCGUCAACAUUUCCCUCUCUUGCCUUUGUGGAUUUAUCCUCAUUCCCUGUGGAGUUUGGUCCUUACAUCUCCUCUGAUCGCUAGGUUAAGAUUUAAGAUUAUUUUCGUAAACCAAGACUUCAUUUUCUAGUUGGAAGUGUCAUAGGUCUCUCCCAAAAGAUAAUCACAAUGGGGUAUCAUUUUAGAAACAGAUAAAAUCUCAGUUUUUAUAUAUUUAUUCAUUUUAAAAAAUGAGAUGUCAAAAAAUUAUUUAUACCCUUCUAUCAAUGGAAAAGCUUUCAAUGCUUUUUGCUCACCUGCUGUGGUAUUUUUGCUAAUUUAUAUUUCGCAAUGAGCUCAACGUUUUUGAGGUUGGUUUGUACCAUUAGUGAAUCAGCCAGUCACAUGAGAGCAACAUAAUAUGUUUUGGUCAAAACAUAUAAUAAUGAUUCUGCCAAAUAAAGUUGUGGAAUUCAACUUCAGAUAAAGUAAAUAUAGCUACUGUCUAAAUGCGUCCAGACCUCACACAUAUAUACAGUAUAUAUACAUAUAUAUAUAUAUAUAUAUAUAUUCUCUUAUUGAUAGUUGCAAUAUUUCUUUGUUUUAAAAGCUUGGUGGAAAGCUUGUUAAGUUUACGUAAGCCAAAGUUUCACUAAACAUUCCAGUCAUUUCUCUAAAUUUAUGAUCACAGAGCUGUGAAAAUGUCGAGUCGCUGCUUUUUUCAGCGUUUGAGCCAUUUUGAAGUUUUUAAAAUGUGAAUAUUUGACUCUUUAUGCCCAGUGGGGUGACAGUGACAGUUCAUCCUGUAACUGGCCAGAGGAAGACGCUUCACCCUCUUCGCCUGUCAGGCUGUACCUCAGCACCAUCAGUGUGUGAAUGUGUGUGUGAAUGGGUGAAUGUAGCGUGUGGCGCUUUGGAUUUGAUGAAGCGCUGUACAAGUGCAGGCCAUUUACCAUUUUACUUUAUAUUGGGAAUGAAAUGUAUGUCUUAAACUGUAAAUAGCAAACUGUUGUGCCUUUAACUUUCACUCAUUGCCUAUAAGAUUGUUUCAAACUUUUACUUCUAUUUAUGUAGGCAGCUGAAAACCAAUGCUUUCCCUUUGUUGUUUGGUGGGAUUUUGUGUUAACAGAUUUGAAUCUAAAAUCUUGCAUAAUUUUGAUGCAACUGCAUUCCAGCAUGGCAAGCAGUUGUAUUUUUGUUUCUUGUUUUCUGAUCAAACUUCUUCUGUUUCCUCUAACAUUUCGGAGAGUGACCUGGGACUGUGAAAAAACCUUCUUCAUCUAGUUUGUAGAUCUGCAAAAAAACAAACUACUAAAGUAGGAUUCAGCUUCAAAGAAAUGAGGCGUAUUAUAGCAUACGCCUCAUUUAUACGCUCUCGUUUAUAGCAUAUUUUCAUUUAUACGCUCUCGUUUAUAGCAUAUUUUAAAUGGCAUUUUGUUAUUUGUGAUUUUUUUUGCCUUGAAAAAUGUUGACACCGCUUUAUUGAUGCCAAUUUUUUUACAUAAAGUUUAAAAUAUUUAACAGAAAUUAAAAUUAACUUAGGUGUGAAAAAAAAACAUUACAAAGAGCAGCGUAUUUUAGUUACUGUGAUAAAGAGAGUUGAAAUGCGUGCUUUCUUGUCCUUUAUAUUUUGAAGAAGUGGUUAAAAAGUGUGACCGUGUAAAACUGAAACCAGAUUACAACCUUUUCCUGUUUUUAGUUCAGUUAGAAUUACCAACAUUAUUUCUAU